AUGGCGGAGGAAGACAACUUGAACGGGUUAGAGCAAAUCACCGGUUCUCCUUGCGAUGAUAUCGACCUAGCUGAACUGUUUGAAAGCGAUAUUGGUAUAACAGAUGAACAAAAUCAUGUAGAUGACAAGGGAUCUGGUUCAGAAUUCGACUCCGAGCGAGAAGAGCACGUCGAAUUGUUGUCUUCAGAAAACGAACAUUCGGACGGGUUUCCCAGCCUGGAAGGCUAUUCCUACGGAGUUACUCCGCCAAGAGAUGUUAGACGGCAAAAGGAAAGGUCAAGAAAGGGAAAAGAAAAGGUUCAAAGCUUUUUAAAGAACUCUUUCGGUCGUGAAUGCGGACCUAAUUCAUCUGAAAAAGCGGAGCUGCACAGACGGAUAAAGCGCGGCUCGACCCAACUGACCACAGAGCGUGCUUUCCAGAGAAAGCUGAAGAGAGGCAGCGUUGACGUGCCUUUCAAUGUAAGCUUUGAUAGCGGGGUUCGUUUGCCAGAUUGUGCAAAAUCCUUAGAAAUUCCAAGCAUUAAGAUCGAAUCAACAAGUCGAUUCAUGUCUCUGGACUGCGUUUGCGAAGAAACAACAGACGGAAGUCCUGACGACAAGGGCACUGGAGGCAUUCCGAUGAAGCAGACGAUGUCCCGGAGCCAUCCCAGAGCUACACGCUCGGAAUCUGAUCCUCGCAGCUCAAAAUCCCGAAGUUACCUCAAUCCGCAUUGCCCAGAGACAAGAAUGGAAUUUUACAGAACAUUUUCUCUGCUGAUAAAGCUUGGCUCCCUAGCUCAUAAUCAACAGGAUAGUCAAAAACAGCAAGUAGUUGGCAAUACUGCGGAGAGGCAGAACUCAGAGGAAAACAAAAAAUGGCAGGUGGAAUUAUCACAGGCACUUUGGCUGGAGCUUCAAGCUUGGCAUGCUAACAGGACGAUGGACGAACAAGAUAUGCAUUUGGUGAGGGCACGUGCUGAAGUAGAAAAGGUGUUGGAUGAAGUCAUCAAUUUUAAGGUGAAAAAACCAGAUCACGCCACAGAGAUUCUGUCUGAUUUUGGUGAUACAACUGCUCAAGAUGGAGAUAGUGAAAAGUCUGACAAUAACUUAAAUGUGAAUGGAAGCAAUGACAGUGAAACAAAUGAAGCAUGUCAAUCAUGCUCUGUGAUGCAAUCACACAUCAGUUCCUCUACGUAUGACUCUGAAAAGGAUCCUGAAGGAAAUCAAACAGGUGGUAAAGAUUCCUCACUUGACAUUCAAGAAGAGGAAAAUGCUACAACCCAAGAAAAUGAGCAAUUGACUUCAUCCAAGGCCAAUGACAGUGAUGAAAGUUUUGUUUCAAAUAAUUCUACUGAUAUGAAAGCAGUGAGGAGAAAGUUGUGGUUGAACUUGAAUAAAGAAAGUCCAAUUCUUUUAUCUAAAGAACCAAGCAUACACCAGUGCAACCAGACAUUGAAGGACAGAUCGUGUUGUAAACUAAAAACCGCUAUAGAGCAAGUCACAGAACUUUUUGACAAGGUUGAAAGAGUGGAACAUCUCUAUCCAACUUGUAAGUCUCUUGGCGAACAAAAUCCAAAGUACAGGAGUGAAGAAUUUACCAGAAAUUUUGAAACUUUAUGUUUAUGGUUAAAUGUGACAAGUGAGUUAUAUCACAAGCUUCAUUUGGUGGCAAAGUUUGUCGGUGUGGAUUUAAAUGACACAGAAACAUGGAAGGACUGGCUAGAUAUUGGUCUAGGAAGGUUAGGUAAGUGCGCUACAAGUAUGACAGUCAUUAUUUACAAGUUAAUUGGUGUUACAUGUACUGUCGACUCCUGAUAAUUCAAACCUUCAAGGGAAAUAGAAAAAAGUUUGAGUUAUCGGGAGUUCGAGUUAUCGAGGGAAAAAUUAUAUUGAAUAUGAUCUGAAGGGAAAUGAAAAUUGCUUCGAGUUAGUGGGUGGUUCGAGUUAUAGAGGGUUCGAGUUACCAAGAGUCGACUGUGUAAACAAGCAUCUGUUCAAAUGUUCAGAUAUAAACUGGCAAUAGUCUUGUUUAAACAAGGGACAGUCAUGUUUUUCUCACAUGAAUUAUCCAAAAGUAAGCACAUUGAUUUUCUACUCUACACUGUAUCAAAACCAAAGGAAAACAGGGUUCACACAGUCCUGAAAGUCCUUGAAUUUUAAGGGGGGCCCUUGAAAAGUCCUUGAAUUGCAGUGCAAGUCCUUGAAUUUACUUCAACUUUGAGUGUAGGGGCCUUGAAAGUGUUUUUAUACUGUUUUUUGGUUAUCCAAGACAGAAUAUAAAUCGUAGCUUAGAGAAGGUAAAGGUGAAUUUACAUAAAGCGUUUUUUUGUUUUCGCAAGAAUUAACUCUCAAUUUAAGAGAAGUGGACUGAAAAGUGUAGGAAAGUUGUUGGAGCAAACAGUUCAAGCAUUCAAGUCCUGUUAGAAUGGACUGGGAAUGUAAAUGCAUUUUUGUUACAAUCUGUGAAAUUACAUUCCUGGUAGGAAGUCCUUGAAAAUCUUAUGUGGUCCUGAAAAGUCCUCAAAAACUGGUUGCUGUUUUGUGUAUGAUCCCUGGUAAAGAAAACCUGAUGCACUUGCUCCCUUCUAAGUUAUAAGUAUCAACAAUAGAUGAGGUUGGUACCUAGUUGCCAUUAAGGAUGGCAGAACCAUGAACAUACAAGCCAAGUGCUUAAGUACAUGUUCAAGUAUCCAUGACAACCCAAUAAGUGGCAACCACCACUAACACUGUCACAUAGAUUUAAUAUACUGUAGUUAUCUGAGAGGGAAUGGGUAGAGUUGGAAAACAGCAACAAGGCUGUGGAACCACAAACAUGCAGGAUUGAACACUGAAGUUUAAUAGCGUAAGUCCCAGCUAUAGGCCUUGUAAAUUUUGUAAAUUUGCUUCUUUAAUACACCUACACCUGUACCAGGAAUGCCUUGCAGUGCAGGUGAGAUGUCCUAACCACAGCGCUAAAACUGUGGAACUCAAUACCUGAUUCAUAUAGAACUAUACGAUCUUUCAAGGCAUUUAGAAAUAUUAUUAGAAAACUGGACUUGUCAGGUUUACUAUAAUAUUAACCUACAACUAAUACUAGUCUAUAUUUGCAUUGUAAAUAGUUUUAGCUUUAUUUUAGUAUAAUUUAAAUUCAUUUGAUCUCUUUAAUUAGCUAUUUCAUAUACAUUCAUACAGUUUCAGUCAUAAUUAUCUAUUCAUUUUAAUUUUCUAUUUUUCAAUGUGUGUACCUGCAAAGUAGCUAGCAAGUUUUCUCACAAAUAGCCAGUAAGCAUAUUUUACAUAAAUAAACUUGACUUGAGUUUAACUUCACAUAAAAUGGUAAAAUAUUUUCUUCAUGUAGCACUUACACUGUGACAUAACAAGGUUUACAUCUUUCUCUUUUUUUCUGAGAACUUGUCAUUGACUUUUCUUCUUUCAUCAUUUUACAACAAUACAGGCAUAGCCUUAGCAAACUAUAGGUUUCUCUAUUUCUCAGUGGGUAGAGUAUUCAACUGACCAGUACCAUGGGAGAUCACAGGUUCUGCUCCUCUAGUGGACUCAGAUUUUGUUCUUUGUUUUAAACUUUUGUGACAGUUUACCCAGGGUGCAAAGAAAAUCAUUUUUACAGCUUGCAAUUCGGGCAAGCUGAAGCUAACAUUUACUAGCCCAGAUGUCAUUUCAACUAGCCCCAAAAACUUUUUGACUAGGUCUUAACUAAAGUAUCAAGAAGACAAUGAGCUUAAGAAGUUUUUUGUAGUGAACGGGUAACCCGUUCAAUUUUUGUCUUAAGUGAUCGGGCUAUCGUUUUAGGUGAUCGGGGCCCGAUAGCCUGUGAUGAUUCUUUGCACGCUGGUUUGCCAAAAAAUAUUCUAAAAAACAUUCCUGGUUGACAUGAUUGUUCAAGAGAAUUCUUUCACUUUUUUCUUCCAGAAAAUUUGUGCCCUGUUUUAGAUCACAGCCAUUUUGAUGCCACUGCAACAUGGCCAGUUACUGAUGAUGAUGAUGAUGAAGAUUUUGAUGAUGAUGGUGAGGAGGAGGAGGGUCAAGAUAUUUAUGAAAAUGAUGGGUCAGCUAUCAGCAAACCCUCAUCGCCGCAAAGAACAUUAUCCCAUGAGUCACAAACAAGCACACCUGCAAGACCAUUGCGAACAAGCAGCAACAUGUCAAACUUCGUGUGGAGCUCAACAUCGCGGUACAGACCCUUUGCUGAUAAAAGCAUCAAGAAAAUGGGUUUGAUAAAACUUGGAAAGAGAUUAGGUGAUAUUUUGGACACUAGCAUGAUGAAAGCCAGGCAAGCAUUAGCUCCUGCAGUGACAUGUUGUGUUGGUGAUGAAUGCCAAUGUAAAAUUGUUGCACUUAAUCCCAGGAAAGUUUCUAUAAACUACCUGGAAGCAAUUUUGAAUGGACGCAGUGAGGACUUCGUACAUUUAUCUUGUAGCUGUCAUCCUCACAGUACAAUGUGUUGUGAGCCAGGAGAUCGAAUCUUGGGUAAUGAUCUUGAGCAAAGGGGCCUUCCUUCUUUCCGCUCAUUGUAUCUGUUCUUAUGCCGUGUUCUCCUGGAUAUAAUCCAUGAAUGUUUGCGUUUGAGGCUUCAACAUCGUCCUAAAGGAGAGCCAUCUUCUUUGAGUGUGAGACAGGUACAGAAUACUAAUUUUUAUGCAGCAGCUAGGUAUGUUAGUUAUCUUAGGCACUGAGCCCCAGUAAAGUACUCCCUGGGUAGUAAAAUAAUGUCAACGUGCCCUUUUUUCAAGUAGCCACACUAGAAUUCAGACACGGUGCUGGUGCUGGAAUACAAGGUCUAGCCCUCGUCCUUGGGCACUCAGGGCUGUCAAUAUGGGACAGUGGCCGACCAAAACCGAUGGCUAGUUAGCCAUCCUUAGCCGGCUACUUUCAUCUCCUUCUACCAUAACUGCCAACAAAAAAUAAGCACUAUUGAAUAAAAUUGUAAAGCAUCCAUUUCCCAGUUUUGAAUGACAUUGAACGCAUAUUUAAACAGGGUUAGAUCAGUGAAACGUUCGAACUGUGCGAUGUCGUGGAACGCCUGGGACAUUUCAACGGCAUUGUUCCCAGUCCUGCCUGUAUUCUGACAAAACAACAUGGUGCCUGCUGUGGAAAAUAGCUCUUGAAAAACCCCGGAAAUAGCCAUUUCUGAGAGUCUAAAAUUAAUGUUCAAAAUGUACCUAAAUACCUAGGCCCUCAAGAACUUGUGCCUUUGGUGCAAGUCCCAAAGCCACCCACUAUUCAUUAUCACCCUGCUACUUAAAAUCUUUUUGAUAACCAUGGGCACUACAGUGUAAGGUGAGUACCAGGUCCCUGUGCAAACCUGUUUUGUUACUGCCAGGGUAAUCCACUGCUUUGUACUCCCUGCUAAGUUCAUAUUUCAAAAUGGCAUUUGACAGGGCAAAAGGGAAAUCAAUUACUAUGUGUACAUGUAUAGUUCAUAGCAGGUACCCAAGAUGUGAAUACAAUAUUUACCAUUAUUUUUGUGCUGUCAGGCACCAAGUGUGAGUAGCCCCUUAUUUCCCAUUAUUUUAAACUCACUGUAUUAUCUUUAUAUUACCAUUAUUUAAUGACCAUACCCAACAAUGAACAAAACUGAAAUAAGAUUUACACUGCAGCGAUUUUGUUACGAAUAGUUAUGGUGAGUCCUGGGACUCAUCUUGUGAAAAAUCAUGAGUCCCUGUCCAUAGCCAAUGAGUCCCAGUUCAAAAAAAAAAUACAAAAAUUGAAAAUGCUUGGGCCUCUUUGUAACCAGACAGUUAACCUGAAGACAGACUCAAAAACUCUGUAUUACAGUAUACUGAAAUUAAAAUAUAGUCCUACUGUUUUAAAGCACAACAAAGACUCAAAGAAAUAUGCAUCGUUAAACAACAGCUACAAUAACUGACACAGAAAUUACUCAAAUGGGUCGGAUAUUUCUACAAAUACACGUGUUCAGGUCGAUCAAUAAAUUAUUGAUCUUUGCAUCCUACGGAAUGCAUGCCAUGAAUUAUUUUGAGCCUUUAAGAAUUUUUAUGUGUCAGGGACGAAGGACGCAGAGGUAACAGAAUCACUGAGUUGGAUAAAAUUGUACCAUAACAUUCUUUUGCAAUUUAUGCCUUCAUGGUUAAUGUUUACUUGACAUUUACUCUGCAGCUCCUUAGAGAAUGCAAAGAUGUAUUAUUGGGUGGAGUCUUAGUUAAAGACUACUACCUUUAUCUUGUUGAUGGAGUGGUGAACUUAGAAGACUCUAGCAGUGAAAACACCGAAAGUGAUAUUGAAGGAUUUGAGCAAGAUCUUCAGAGUCUCCUUCAGGUACAUGUCAUAUUGAUGCUGCUUUAUUAUCAUUCUACUCCUCUGAAAGCAGUGAAGUUCUCUAUUUUUUGUCCUCUUUAAAUGGGGUUUGCAACUUGGUCUUGAAAGGAAAUAAGCAGUUUGCUCAUUACUCUGUAUUUACAUGAUGUAAGGGGCAUAGCUUCCUGUACGCACAUGCAUACCUGAAAAAUUCAAGGUUAAAGGAAUAAAAUAUUAUUAUGAAGCGAGAACGCUCUUAAUAUCGGCAUUAAGUCUCACUUGCACAGAGAUUAGAUAAGAAAUGAGGAGGCAAUUAAUUCUAGAUGACACAGGAUUUACUGGCUAAAGGUUUUACACUCCCUACUUACAGGGGAGGGCAGGGAUGAAGUUUUAUCUAAAUUUGUCCAAAAUGGUGCUUAAUAGAUGUGAACUCAUAUGACAUGUAAAUAUUUGCUUUUUGUCGUUAGGUUUACUUUGACUACCUUCAUAAUGUGAUCCACUUGGUACAGAGGCUUCCUCAGGCCUCUAAAGGUCUCAAAAACUUUCUUGAAGAAGAAUGGAAUUUUGUGAAAAGGCACUGUCGGCACAUAAGGGGAGGAGAAGUUGAAGGAGGAACUAGAUUUUGGUGAGGGAAGCUACAUGUAGUCAGGGGUCGUUAUGACACUAAAUUCUUUUUUUUUCAACCUGUUGCCAGGUUUUUUUAUUAUUACUGUAGUUUUUUAUGCAACAAUUACAAAAAAAGAAGAAAAAAAGAAAAAAAACAUAUCAUANAUUGAUCUUUGCAUCCUACGGAAUGCAUGCCAUGAAUUAUUUUGAGCCUUUAAGAAUUUUUAUGUGUCAGGGACGAAGGACGCAGAGGUAACAGAAUCACUGAGUUGGAUAAAAUUGUACCAUAACAUUCUUUUGCAAUUUAUGCCUUCAUGGUUAAUGUUUACUUGACAUUUACUCUGCAGCUCCUUAGAGAAUGCAAAGAUGUAUUAUUGGGUGGAGUCUUAGUUAAAGACUACUACCUUUAUCUUGUUGAUGGAGUGGUGAACUUAGAAGACUCUAGCAGUGAAAACACCGAAAGUGAUAUUGAAGGAUUUGAGCAAGAUCUUCAGAGUCUCCUUCAGGUACAUGUCAUAUUGAUGCUGCUUUAUUAUCAUUCUACUCCUCUGAAAGCAGUGAAGUUCUCUAUUUUUUGUCCUCUUUAAAUGGGGUUUGCAACUUGGUCUUGAAAGGAAAUAAGCAGUUUGCUCAUUACUCUGUAUUUACAUGAUGUAAGGGGCAUAGCUUCCUGUACGCACAUGCAUACCUGAAAAAUUCAAGGUUAAAGGAAUAAAAUAUUAUUAUGAAGCGAGAACGCUCUUAAUAUCGGCAUUAAGUCUCACUUGCACGGAGAUUAGAUAAGAAAUGAGGAGGCAAUUAAUUCUAGAUGACACAGGAUUUACUGGCUAAAGGUUUUACACUCCCUACUUACAGGGGAGGGCAGGGAUGAAGUUUUAUCUAAAUUUGUCCAAAAUGGUGCUUAAUAGAUGUGAACUCAUAUGACAUGUAAAUAUUUGCUUUUUGUCUUUAGGUUUACUUUGACUACCUUCAUAAUGUGAUCCACUUGGUACAGAGGCUUCCUCAGGCCUCUAAAGGUCUCAAAAACUUUCUUGAAGAAGAAUGGAAUUUUGUGAAAAGGCACUGUCGGCACAUAAGGGGAGGAGAAGUUGAAGGAGGAACUAGAUUUUGGUGAGGGAAGCUACAUGUAGUCAGGGGUCGUUAUGACACUAAAUUCUUUUUUUUUCAACCUGUUGCCAGGUUUUUUUAUUAUUACUGUAGUUUUUUAUGCAACAAUUACAAAAAAAGAAGAAAAAAAGAAAAAAAACAUAUCAUAAUAAUAACAGAAAAGAAACCAAGCAUGACUCUAAAUUCUGGCUAACAAUAUAUUUAAUGAGUUAACAAAUGGUGGAUGGCUCAGUGUACCACUGAGUUAUAGUUGCAGAUGGGAGGUUGCUAAGCACGAAAGAAGCAUAAGAGUCACGCGAGGUGAUAGCAGAGUGUGACUCUAGCUUCUUAAGUACCUAGCAAUCCUCCCAAGUGCGACUACAUGUAUAACUCAAAGGUACAUGCUGAGCUGUGUACCAUUUGUUUUAUAACAUAAUCAAAAGAGAACAACUUUUAAUUUUACUCAGAGAUAACAGGGCCGAAUGAUGUGAGUGCUGUAAUCUGCUCGCACUAUGGCGUGUACAAAUAAUUCUUUGCAAGUUCUUUUCUUUUGAAAAAAAUCGUUUUGCUGAAUAACUGGUUCUCCAUCGCAAUUUUACAUUAUCGUUAACAGUCUUCGUAAACGUUCGUUCAGUAUUAACAGAAAAAUCUUAGUUUGCAAACUAUGAGGUAAAAAAAUAAAGUCGCUUAGAAAGUGGUACAUAUGGCUUUGAGCGCUCACUAGCUUUCGUCAACCAUGGGCAAAUAGUAGAUAGGUAAUUGACCAAUCAGGGCAUAUGCUUUACGUUUGUUGUUAUAAAGACUCAGUGGUAGAAACCUUAGCAAGUGACUGGAAAUAUUGUUGUCAACAGUCCCAUUACUGAACACCAUUUACAGACAAAACAUCAAAUUCACUGGAACUCUGCAACAUGCACUACAUGUACAUAUUCUGACAGACUACUGCCUGCUACUAAUAAAUGAAUUAUUGACUCAAGUGCCUACCUGACAAUAGUAGAAUGACUGGACAAACUGACAAUUUGAAAACCAGAGUUUUUUUACCAUCAAAUGAUGAGAUACAACUUACAUUGACUCUGACAAUGACUACCACAAAGGUUGUUGAAAUGUAAGUCACUGUAAACAUGUUCCUCUUACUCAAGUCAAGGGUUUAUUUAGGGUUUCAUUGUCCAGUAUUGUAUGGUGGAAGCUCCAUUUUUCAAUCACAUUCUUUAAAUGCUCUCAUUGAUUUCUUUAUCUCAAAACCUCACUGAAACGAUCCCUCACUGAUCAGUGCAACCACAUUUUUGGCACUCAUAAGGUUUAUGGCAUUAGCUGACUAUAUCUGUAAUUUACUAACAAUGUAGUAACACAGAAGACCAGCAAAAUGCAGAAACAAGCUGUUGAUUAGUGGAAUCAUUUAUAAGUAUUAAUAAAAAAUAUUAUAAUAAAUUUUACUAUUAUCACCUUAACUUAAAUCCCAAAUUAAGAUUGUAAUAAAUGUAUUGUGCUUUGUAUGCCAAUCAAUCAUUUCAGUGUGAUGGCAUCAGGAUUGUUGGAGUCUACUGGUGAUUUCUUGGAGUCAGAGUUGGAUCAGAGUUGUUCAGAUCUUCAUAACAACACAGAUCAAAGUGAUGAUCUCAGGUACAUAUUAUGAGACUACUCUUGCAAAACGUUAAAAUGUAAUGUAAUGGCUUUCCAUUCCAAACAGAGUUCUUUUACUAGCCUGUUUGAACAGAUGUGUGCUUUUGUCAACUUUAAGUAAUCCCAGUAGUAUUAUAAGGAAGGUUUGGUAAUCAAUAUUUCUCAGUAAUGUCAUGGCUUUAAUGAAAAAAUAUUUUGAGAGACUAGACUUGUAAAUUACUUACGUUUUCUGUAUGGAAUAAAGAAAGAUGAUGGAUUUUAAGCUCAGUGAGUGAAUUUGAGGGAUGUGACAAUUAGCAUGUAACAAGAAUGGGACAAAGAAAAAAACCGGGGGCACCCAAAGAGAAUAUAGUUCAAAAAACCACCUUAACAUAGCAUUGUUAAACGUAUUUUAGUAUUUAAUCGGUAGAUUCAGGCAUAUUUUUAUCCCCUAAAAGUUUUUCGUCUAUUCGGAUUUCCUAGCUGAAAGUCUGGUAAUCCGAAAAUUAUAGGGAUCAAAACUUACCUUUUCGGAAAUUUCAGCCAGAUAAAAGGCUCUCGAAAAUUCCAGGUGACCUUUUUAAAGUAAAAAUCAGUUAAAAAUGGGCAAUUAUACCAUUUUUUAGAUGUUCGAAAAUGCUAGGAGAGGCCAGCAAGCAAGAAAUUUUACCUCAAAUGUUCCGAACAUUCUAGAUCUCAAAUCGUCUUCCGAACAGAUAUUUUCCGAAAAUUGACGUUGGGUGCCCUUGAAAAAAAUUGAGUCUCUGACAAGAUUUGAAGGUAUUACCUCCCAAGCACUCAAGGGUUGUUCCAUCUAGAGAGCUGCCUGGAGAGCAAGGCCAUGUGAAACGUUCAAAUUUGACAUUUUUGACAUGUGACAUAUUUUUCUGUUCUAUUUCCUUCUGUUUGGUGGUAUUUGGUUGGUCAAGAAGGCAGACAUUCUAGCCAUCUGAUCCAGCUAAGUUUCAGUUUAUGUAUUAAAAUGUUUCUUUAUUCCACUAACAGUGAAUAUACAAGGGUUUUCCAGGUUAUAAUAUGUUGUGAUCCCAUCUUAUUUUUUUAUUUUACAGACGCAAGGUUCUAGAGGCAUGCAGAGGAUUUAAGCAUCUGUUCAACGAGGCAAGGGAGAGGGCAUCCAAAGCACUUGGCUUCACAAAGAAACUUAGAAGUGACCUUGAAAAUGCUGCAAAAUUCAGUAUUGAUGUACCAAUGAAUGAACUGCUGACAACACUGGAGGCUAGCGGCCAUGUACAGGUAGGCAUGAGUUGUAUGAUCAAAUCAGCCUAAAAGGACUUUUAUAGUGAAAGCCACUUGGAGUAAAUGGGGGAUGUCAAAUGAAGGGGUGUCUGAAAUGUUUUUCUGAUAAAGCACUAUGAGCAGAUUGUCCUUGCAAACUACCUCAUAUUCUUGUAGAUGAUGUAAACUGCAGAAAUACAAAUUUUAAAUGAGGAUAUGAUCAUCGCAGUGGUAAUAUUGCAAUUUAAGCAAUUGAAAAUAAAACCGAAAAACAUUUCAGGACUUCAACGGGAUUGGAACCCAUGGCCUCAGCGUUAGCACUGCGGUGCUGUACCAUUUAAAAUUUACCUCAUGUUCUUUUGUGCAAUAAAGAGAGAAUAAAAGACUCUCUUAGGGCAUUUUUCCUCGCAACCCUUCAAUUUAAUACUUAAAAUUUUUACUUUACAGCACAGUGAAAGAAGAUUCAACAUUGUUUUGUUUUAUUUUUCAGGUUUUAGCUCGCCAUCUCACUGGACUGUUCAUGUUUGUUCCAAAAACACUUAUCAAGAAAAAGUGGUAAGUGUGAACAUUAUUAUUUUAUGCAUAUGCAGACCAUUAAUUCGAGCAUCGAAAAAUGUAGGGGUCCUCAUGACAGGAUAUUCAUGGCUGGUCACCCAACAAGUUUCUAAAUGGGACAGGCAGGGCUUCACUUUUUGGCAAUGCUGAGUGUAAUGAGGGUUUCUAGUUAAACCAGACUUAAGUUAGCAGGGCCCACCCGAUGCUACCAGAGCCGCUGUGCUUUUGAAUGACAUCAACAAUAUUAUUGUUUCUGCAGUCAAAUCAUUCAUCUCCUGAAUGCUUGCUGUGUUCAAGAAGAGUUUGGUGACCAAGUUGUCUCGGAAGGACAGGGAUAUCUCCUGAUCAUGCCGUCCUGUGACGUGGAAAAUGGCAAGGAGACGCCCUUCACUUGGACAGGCAAAAAAGUGACAGUCAAUCCAACGAUGGACACUGCUAUUGGUCUUGCUGACAUACAGGUAAAAGCAAGCAAAGUGAUUUUCUCUCUACUAAUUGUGAUGAGAGCCAUUUAAACUCCUCCUGAUUAACUCAGUUUGAUAUGACUCUGUCAGUGUAAAAUGUAGUUUGUACUUGAUUGUCCUGCCUUCAAAAAAUCCACACAUUUUCCUCCUUCUUUAGAAAAAACAGCAUUUCACAGUCUAAUACACUGUACAUAGCAUGUUCACAAACAUAUUAGUUUGGUCAUUGCUCGCAGUGUCCCUGGGCCUCUCAUGGCUUCCAAAAAGACAGAAGCUUCAUCACUGACUUAUUGAUGCAAAAUAUAUAGUAUCACUUAAAAGUAUCAAAAUAUAGUACUGAACAGUAUCUCUUUCUCUCUUGCUUUGUUGGCACUAAAUUGUGCUAGAUUUAUUAAGCCCUCUGUCUCUUUUAAGCCACCCCUCCCCCACAAAUUUGUUCCUAAAAAAGCCCCUGGGGGACUUGAAGGAGGAUUUAUAGCACAUCCCAAUUUGAGUCUCACGGAAUUCUCGUAUUUUUUUUUUUCUUUUUUUACAAAAUAUACAUGUAGGUUGGAGGGAUGAUAUUGGUUGUUCAGAAUUCUAAAGAGUUGGAUGUGCAGCGUAAAUUGUUUCUAGAAAGUAUGAGUUUGGCUGCGAGCAUUGUGAAACCAAGGACUUCAAGCCACCAGGCCAUUGCAGAAACUCUUGAUGAGUUACAGGUUUGUGCUCAACUAUUGAUUAAUUAAUGAAUUUAUUUAUUUAUUGUUUUAUUUUUGUGUCAUUUGCACCCUUACCUAUUGGACUGUUUGAUGUCAGACGAUGUGAACACUGGCCAACUGUUUGAAACAUUUCAAAAGUAGGUUGAGUUUGAUCGUCCGGGUGAACGUAGUCCUAAAUAGGACUGUUGUUGUUGACAGUGACUAACGUUUCGACAGCCUGUGCGGUAGUCAUCUUCAGAGUCAAAGUGAUUUGUAUCACGUCAGUUGAUGGUAUUAUACUCUGGUUAUUGAUCUGAUUGUUUAAUUACGUCGCGAUGUUAUUGGUCGUCUGUCAGUUAAGCCGUGAUGUUAUUGGCUAUGAAGACUCGUGAUCAGUAAUUGGUGCGUUUCGAUCCGAUUUUUGUCUGAAACAUGUCACGCAUAAUUUAAGCAAAUCAAGCAAGAUAUUACACACUCAAUUUGGCAAGGAGGCAAGCACUCUUUCUAAACCCUGCUUAACUUUUUCUGAAGCGUUCAUUUGAAAACACAUUUCUAUACUUUACCCAGGAUAUAAAAAGGGUACAAAAUGGUUUAACAAGCAAAAUUCAGCACCCUACCAUAAGGCCACACCUUCAAAAAAACUAAACUAAACCAACCGACAUUGUUGAUAGCGGGUAACACUAGGGGGUUCCGUGAACUGAUAAAUCUGUUGCCCUCCAAGUGCCUCCAUCUAACUGAAGACACUUUUCAGAUUAAAUUGGAAUUUGGCAAUAAGUAUUGGGGAGAAUGAGAAACUGGAGAAAAAAAAAAGGGAGAAAAAGAGCAGGGGAGAAAAAAAAGAGCACACUCAGCCCACGUGUAGCAUUGAUGAGGGACUCUCAGUCUAAACUGGGCCACGUUGGUGGGAGGCGAGUGCGCUGAGAACUGCACUUUCCCAGCUCUCGUCAUUCAAUCUUGCAGUUAUUCACAUCUGACAGCAUGUUAUAGCACUUAUCUUUCAUCUGUCCGUUUCUUUUCAGGAGGCAUGUAUGUCUCUUCGCGAGGGCAUAGUAAGGGCUGUGGAAAGAGUUGAUGAGAACUUGGAUCUUGAUAGUAUGUUUGACAUGGAUGAAGGAGAGAAGGCCAUGGUUUAUCAAACGUACACGGAAACCAUGCAUCUAUGUUACAACUUUGGUUUUGAGGUAAAUUCAGGGAUUACUUGGGGACAGGGACUUUCAUGAGUGAAUUUAAUUGAAACCGUGCAAAAGGGAGAAAUUUCCUUUAGCUUCACGAGAAAGUUUACCCGUAAUUUGUUGUUGAUGUUCUUUGACUGUGGUGUAGAAACCGCCAGCAAGUUUUAUGAAAUUCAACACAUUAUAUAUACACUCCCCACCCUCCCCCCGUCUAUAUUGGAGAAACCUCAAAGUGUCACUCGCCUACCCGGUCUACUUUGGACAAACCAACGUUUCAUACAUUUCCUUACAAAACGUGGCGAACUGUUUACAGGGGAAACAAAAGGUUGGCUCAGCUAGAAGGGUGACCUGGCUAGGCGGUCAACCUUUGUGGUGUUAAGGUCACCUUUUCUCCAUAUAAACAAUUUGGCUCACUCAGUCGGUCAACUCGGUCAAAACGAGACAAUUUUUAUUAGAGCAUGUGCAAGCGCUGUUGGCUUAAGCAAAGGGAUCAAGUUUUUUCUUAUACAAACUCUCGCAUAAGUUGACUCGGCUGGGAGGGGAGGGUGACUCUUCUACCCCACUGGGAUAGGUUUUCUCCAUAAAAACGGGGCCUCAAUCACGCCUUUUCACUUUAGCGAGUCCCGGAUGUAAGUCACGAAGACCGCUGUACACCACACUAAUUUGUAACUUUCAGUAUCAGAAAGAGGUUGCUCGCUUGGUGUUUGGGCAGAGAAAGGAGGAUCUUGGACACAAAAACGACAGUAAACGUUCCGUCACCUACUUCAAACACUACUGUUUCACACUUUCCCCUGCUCCUUGUUCUGGUUCCAUACGUUGCAUAGGGUAGUAUGGUAAGCGGUGAAAUCUUUGCUCUUCCCUUGACCUCCCGAAAUGCGUGCCGCGAUUGUUUCUGGGAUUGUUGCAGGGGACGUGCUAUUCACCUAUUGGCCAAUUUUUUUUCCCUGUCCUCGCUAGUCACAGUCCCAGAAGUCUUGGCGAAAGUUAACUCAGUGAUACUGCUGAGAGUAUUAAAAAUAAUAAAUUAGAACAUCAUGUAGAUGAGAAUAUGUAGAUGUGUAGGUAUGUAGAUGUAGAUGUGAGGAUUAGAUCAUAUUUAAAUGCUAUUUUGCACCUUAUAAAUAAUAAAUUAUUAUAAUUAUUAAGAAACCCAGAGUUCCAAGUGGGAUGCCAACCCACGACCCUCCGUAGCCUAGUCAGAUGCUCUAACCACUUGAGGUGCUGAAGGCUCUGUGGUGAGCAGGGGUAUUUUUGUGGGUUAUGACAUACGAACUGCAUCACACAGUCAAACAACCACACCUUAAUGACUUAACUGCAUCUCGCAGUCAUAUUAAUGAUCAGUAACAACUGAUAAUAGAACCAUGCAUCCAUCCAACCAGCCAUAGUGCUGAUAACGUAAAUAACAAUAAAUUAUGUGGAUGAGAAUCAACCACAAGAAACCCAGAAAAAAAUCUGACUUCCUCAGUGUCAUUAGUGUGGAACGGCCGGGGGGAGGGCGGGAGGGUGAAAACACAGACCUGUGUCUCUCUCGGUAACCGUCUCUAGCCGCGGAGUGCAAUGAGAGUUUUGGAAAAUUGUCGUUUCGCGUGCGAUCCUUUUUACUUGCGUCUAGUUUUGUAUCAUUUCGUGGCUCAUUUCAUUAAAGUUUAGUGUAGUGUAUAUCAUGUACGUGUACUUGGGGCAUCCUUCGGAUGUUCAUUAUUUCAAAUUAUUUUCUGCAUCACGGUAUUUUGUUUACAAACAAACAACUCAGUUUUUCUUUUGAACACUUCACGUUUGUUGUUGUGUUAUUUAUUCAGAUGGGCCAACCAAGGACUUGAUUUCUUGACAGUCGCCUGUGAUCCUAAGACUCUGACAGCUUUGACCGAAUCUGAAUUCCAGGUGAUAAUUUACAUUUCUAUUGUAUUGUUUAAUUUUUUGGUGGGGGAGGGGUGUAGGGGUUCGAGUUGCGAUUAUGCAGGGACUUCCCUGAAUGUUCGUGACAUGUCUAUAUUCGAGUUCAGUAAUUUGUAAUCGAAGAAAGUGAAUACGAUCUUCGUAGCUAAUUGAACAACCCAAGAGGUUAUCACAUCCAGACCUUUGCGAUUACCAGACGCAACGCUUUAUCUAAUUGAGCUAAAUCAAACCAACUGGAGAACAGGCCACGUCAGUACAUGGCAAUAGUUUUGGAAAUACCUUCGUUGAUUGGUCAGAUGAACAACUGUACAGACAAAAUUACCAGAGCCUUUUGCUCAUCCUUACUACAGUCGAACCUCCAUCUGCGGUCACCUCCCCUAAGCGAUCUCCUCUCCAAAAAGCCAAGAUUUUCCCAAUCCAAACCUUACAGCUGGAACCUAUCGUAAACGACCUGUAAGCUACCGCGACCACUUUUCGGAGAUGACGGUUUAAUAAUUUAACCCGUUGUAAGGGACCACGUCACGCAUGAUCUGAUCUCUAUGUUCUUCCAAGCUACUGUGUUUCUUAGGGUAUACGAAGAACGUUUAACUACAACAUGGAAUUACACAUAUCUUAACUUAGAAAUUGCUUGCAAUAAAUUGUCUACUGUAAAACAGAUGCUGGUCUCCGGACCUCUUCUUGGAAGUUACUCCCUGUGGUUCUAUUCUUGUAAACUACCACCUUCCAUAAGCGACAAGUGAGUCAUGGCAUUUUGGGUGGUCGCUUUAUACGGAACUGUAAAUGAUCAUGAUCAAACUGAUUGCUUUUUUCUUAUUUAAAUUUAUUACUUCAAUUUUUCUUAACAGGAGUUAAAGAAACAGAUUAACACUUGCAUCGGUCACGUGAUCGGUAGUGCGGAGUCCUGUAGUGGAGCAAACAGUCCAGGUAUUAAACAAGUUGUCAACAACAUAAUGUCUUCUUUCUUCCUAUUAUUCAUUUUUUUUCUCUCGCCUAUUCUCUCUCUUCAGAUAUUCUGUUAACAUGUCUGAGAAUUUUAUUGUUAUUUCGAGUUCUUAAACUUUCUUAUGUUUAGCGAGUUAAAGUCAAAGGUGCCUUUACCAACUUAACUGUAGGAGUUUCACAGCUCCAAAAAUAAAUAAUUUCUACUGUAGUGAUUUAAUUUGAACGGACUAUAAUUUAUAACCCCUUUUUAGAAUUGUUACUUUAAAAAGCAGAUAAAUUUAGUUGAUUUUAAAUUCAAUCUUCAAAUAAAACCUUUUCAAGCAAAAUAAUUUGUUGCUGUCCAAUUAUGACUUCAGUUGUUUGGGAAAUGCCAUCGAAGAAAGUAUCAGUGAUAUACAGUUAAAACUUGCGAGCCUGGUUUUUAAGAACUUGUUAGGCUAAAAUUUGCCAGUUAGACCCCCUCUAUACAAGAACCCUUUUAGCCUAAAAUUUUAAACAGGUUCAUAUUUUCUAAAAUCUAUUUAAAACAAUUCAGGCUGUACACUUAAGCAAAUAAGAUAACUCAAGAUUCAGGAUCUCUUUGGAGAGAUAGGUGCCUUAUCACUCCAACUGCAGUUGUAAUGGUAUACAGGUUUUACCUAAUGAAUGAGCUGAAUACAUAUGCCACUUAAUACUCUUAGCUACGAUGUUUCUUUUUUUAUUAUUUUUUUCUAGAAGUUAAAAACCUAUUCAAAAACCUAAAAAGCGUAAAUUUGUGCUAAUUACCACUUGUGUAAGAACCUAUUCAGGCUAACUUGCAAAAAAUCCAGGUUCUAAGUCGCGGAUUUUUACUGUGUAUGCUGUGCUUCGAGUUCCCACUCAGUGAACUGAUUCGACGUGACGUAGACGUGACGUGAUUCGACGUUCUAUUUUGUUAGGCUACCGGUCUCAGAGCCCUGCUUGUCCAUCUCCGGUCUUUGGGAGAAAUCCUUCAUCGUCAUCCUCAUCCUCAUCAUCAUCAGCGCUCUUGAGGGCAGUUUCAUGGCCGGGAGGAAAGACACCAAAAUCCCCAGGGGACCAGGGUGAGGGAGAUGAUGGUCAAGCUACAAGACGACAGCUUUCAGACCCUCCUCACAGCAAACAACAGUUUCAGAGUUUAGCAACUGAUGUUAAAAACACAAGUAAGUAUCACAAAGCAGCAUCCAAAAACACAGGAAUUAAAUUUGUGCGUCAGUGAUGCCCAAAGCGAAUUAAUGGAAUGGUUUCGUACCCAAAACAAAGCAAUAGUUUUGGUCAAUCACGAGUGAAACGAAUAGUAAAAUAAACCAAUCAAAACUUGAAUCAUACUCGUGUACCCGGCGCCAAGCGCGGGAAAUGCCCUAACCAAUCGACGUUUUGUCAAUGAUGUUGUGUUUUGCUUUUGAUGUCUUUGAUUGGUUAAGAAAAUGACGUAGGGUUUCUUAACCAGUCACAAAGCUUGGCAAUGCGAAAUCAAAGUAUUACGAAAUUAUCACGAAAAUUAGUAGCCUUGGAAUACUCGUUGCAUAAAAUGGGAAGAAUAGAAACUCGUUGAGGAAUAAAGCUUCUCUUGGAGAAGGUAAAUAAAUCGUUCAUCUUUCUGUAGGCAACAAUGAAGAGGACGAUAGCGGCGAUGACGAAGGAAAGGAGACUCCAAAACACAAAGACAGUUACGUGGAAACUCCUGGCGCUCCACGGUUGGACAAAGUGCGUCACGCGCUAAAGAAGAUGGAGACUAAGAGGAAUGAGUUCUUGUUUGAAAAGCAUGCUAUCGGUCGUGUAAGUAACAGACGACGGGAUAUAGUCAAGGAACUGGCGAGUAUUUCCAACAGGAAGGUACCAUUCAAGUGGCAACGGGGAAACAAGAUAGGUAAGAUAGAGAUUUUGUCAGUUAUACAUUUCCAGUGGCAUUCGACGCGCAUUCAUCAUUUCUGCUCAGCAGUUGUAAGAGAGAUUUGGAGACAGAUCGGCAAGAGGGACGAGCUCCCAAUAGCAAGGUGUCCAGCCUCGUCCUCAGGCCAGUUCGCACUAUCCGUGUGAGCGGAGGAGGCUUGGAACCGAGCGUGAUAGUGACAAGCUUGCCAAGUGACGUCACAUCCUGACGUUACGUCCAAAAUCGCCGAGGACGACUGGGAACGAGUCUGCAAUGUGUCAACAUUGGCAAAAAUUUCUGAUAAUAACUGCAGGUCUAAGCUUGAGUUUUCAGUUAUCUUUAGCUGUUGUUUUAAACCUUGACUUAAAAGUUUUUCUAGCGACUUUAAACCGGUUUUCCUCAAUUUUUGAGAUUCAAAGCAAGUUAUUCGUUUCGUCAGCACUAGCUGGUGUUAACCGUCCGUCAUUCUUGUUACAGGUGAAGGUCAGUUUGGUAAAGUGUACGCUUGUGUAAAUUUGGACACAGGAGAGCUCAUGGCUGUUAAACAGGUAUGUUGGCCAUGAGGCGGACGAUGCCACGUUUUUAAUUAUCCAGGGGAAAUGUAGAUCCUAGCAAUGACUAACAGAAAUGAAAGGAAAGAUAGUGGAUUUUUCACUGCAGCACCCCUUUCCGCGAUCCACUUUUUCCCUUUUGGUCAUUACCCUACAAAAAAUAUCUUAAAUAUGUUCAUCUUCCCUGGUUUCAAGUGCUACCACUUUCAAAUAGCUGCUCUUUGUAAGGAUCUUAAUUAAUUUUUUCUUUUUGUGUGUGUGUGGUUUUUUUUUUCUUUUUUCGUUCAGAUCAAGUUUCAGCCAAAUGAUCAUGGUGAAAUAAGAGAUCUGGCCGAUGAGAUAAAAAACUUUGAAGGCAUUAGACAUGAAAGUCUGGUUAAAUACUACGGAGUUGAGUUACACAGGGUAAGACUCUUACGUUUAAGCUUUGACUCGCAGAAAAGUUGUGCUUUUAAGCUUCCGUUUGAAUGGUUGUAGUUAAGGUUUUCAUUCACAGUCUCAUAAGUAAGCGUCACGUUGAAAAAUGAGUUCCACAACAAAGUGCUUCUAAGUAAAUGUGUUUUUGAAUGGCCAUACUUUAAGAAACCUUGGGUACAAGAGGUUUUUUCUCGCUUGCGACGAGGAGCUUCGUCGGUCUCAGGCCGACACGUCGUCGGCUGAAGGCCGAAGACACGAGUCACCUUUCAAGACUUAACCGAAACGGGAAACCUCGCAUAAAAAGCCUCUGGCACCCAGGGUAACUUGCGGAUUUCAACCCGGAUGAAAUCCUAAAGUAUGACCAUUAUACACCUUAAUAAACAGUACCAAAGGAAAGUACUGUUCAGUUGCUUCCAGGGACUCAAAAGUUAGAUCUACUAUGUACAGGUUAUAUGCAUGUACAGUACCACAGUAGAGUUUAUCCACAAUUUCAGGAGUGUCCGACUUAGUAGCUUCUAUGCACAUAGUCCAGCAUUUAACCCUUUAAGCCCCAAGAUCCACAUACAAAUUCUCCACAAUGAUCUUCAUACAUUUCUUUUAAGAAUAGUUGAGAGAAUUUGGUCUGAGAUCAAAGCGUUCUCCGUUUGGUGAUAUAAUUUAGUAAUUCUCAUUACCUUUACUCUUGGUGAUCUACUGAUGUUGUUAGGAGAAAGUUGAUGUUAGUAACUCUUGGGACCAAAAGGGUUACGAAUGACACCAACAAAGAAUUUACCUUAUAAACUAAGCCGUGAAAAUGCUUAAUUCUUGAAUUUCCCAACCGCGACACAGCACUACAGUUUCUUUAGAAACUAACCUUCUUAUCAAUUUCGCAUUGUUUGUGUUUAGGAUGAGAUGUUCAUAUUCAUGGAAUACUGCGCAGAUGGUACCAUUUCAGAUGUGGCCAAGCUUGGUCUUCCAGAAUCAAUGAUCAGAGUGUACACGUACCAGAUACUUGUCGCUGUUAGUGUGCUGCAUGAGAAGGGCAUUGUUCAUAGAGAUGUCAAAG